AUGGCUGAUAUAGUUGAAAGAAGAGAAAUUCUAAAUACUAAUAAUAAUAACAACAAUAGUAAUACUACCAAUAGUAAUAACAACCAUAUGCCCGUCACUCCUAACAAUACCACUACAUCAGUAGCAGGUAUUCAAAAAAGACACAACUCAACAUCUUACGAUUAUUUAGGUAGCGGUUGUGCUAAAAGACGAGCUGCCCCAUUAAUUAAUUCCAUCAGUAAUGCCACUGUUGCUAUGGCAACCCCUAAUACAUCAACUCUUGCUGAUAGUCACAAAUCGAAUUUAAUUUCGGGCGGAUUGUCCAAUAAUUUACAAUAUGUUGGAAAGACUGUUUUUACUACCAAUAAUAAUGACAAUGGGGAAUAUAGUGAAUUAAACAAUGAAAGCAGCAAUACUAAUAGUUUUAUUCUCAGUAGAGAACCCACUACACCAUCAUUCCCAUUAUCUGCUGUUCAUGAUUAUAAAAAUAAAUUGGGAUCCAAUCCUGUAAGAGACUUGAAUGUUAAUGGUACUAAUAAUAAAAGUGACAGCAAUAAUAAUAAUAAUAAUAAUAGUAGUGGUAAUAAAGUUUUUCAAUCACCUACCUCACGAGGAAUUACACCUACAAAUAACAAUUAUAUUAGUACCCCAGUGAUUUCUUCUAAUUUUACUAAAAAUGUAACUCAACAAUUUAAUCAUAACGCUAUUUCUAGAAGCAAUGUCACCAAUUUUAGCUCAGCUCAAGGUGUACGGGAAUAUAGUACCAAUUCUAACCCUGUUCAAGAGAAUAAUGCAGAGCAACAAGGGGAACAACUUGAAAACGUAGACGGAGAAUAUCAAACAGAAGGGUAUAAUAACAAUGAUGCAGGUAUAAAUAAUAAUGCUAGCAGUAAUAAUGUUAGUGAUGAUAACAGUAACAAUAACAGCAAUAAUAACAGCAAUAACAACAGCAAUAACAACAGCAAUAACAACGACAGCAACAACAACAACAACAACAACAACAAUAACAAUAAUAAUAAUAAUGGUAAUGCCACUGCUGAAGACGAAGAAGACGAAGAGUUGGAAGAAGAUGAUGAAGAGCUAGACGAAGAUGAGUUAGAUGUGGACGAGUGUGAAAAUAAUAAGGACACUGCCAAUUCCCAAGGAAAAGAGGAAGAGACAAACAUGUCUAACGAUAAUAAUGAUGCCCAACAGCUUAAUAGCAAUACCAGCAGCACUGAAUCUACUACAAAAGCAAGCACGCGUCAAUUGGUGGCAAAAUUGCAGAGCACGUACAAACUGAUUAUUAAACAAGAAACAUUAUUACAGGAAAGAUGUUCCAGAUUAACAAAAUCUCAAACAACCGAUUUGGAGGUUUUGUGGUCCAUUUACAAGUUGAAUACAAGUUUAGUUGAAAAUUACAUUGAAUUUUUAACAACAGCUCUUUCCGAAGCACAAUCCAAUUCUGAUUUCUUGAUUGGUAAAGAAAUAGUUGAAAUUUAUCGUAUUGAACGUAGAUUAUGGGUUUAUGGUUGUAUAACAUUUUUGGAUGUUUUAAAGAACUUUAUUUCCAAUUUUGUGGAUCCUCAGAUUUGGUCGCAGUUCAUCACAAACGUUUUCAUAUCUAUUUCAGAAAUGCUUACUGAACUACCGGUCUCUUAUCAAACUCCGUGGUACGAAAGGUUAGGUGAUUUAUCUAGAAUGGCUAUUGCAUUAUAUCCCAGAGGUUUUAUUGAUUGGAAGCUUAGUGCGGAGUAUUGGUAUGGUAAGGCAAUGUUAUACAAUUAUGGACAUGGUAAAUUGUACUAUCACAUGUCUACCGUGGAGCAAAACACCUUAAGAGCAUUUGUAAAUCUAGGGAAAUCCGUGUUUUGUAAAGACAUGUUUAUUCCGUCACAGCAUUACAUGCAAUUAGUGAUUGACAACAUUUAUCAGAGAGCAUAUUCAGAAUUUCAAAACAGUGAAAACACUAUUCCAUCCUUAGAUGACCUGAUGAACGGGAAAUUAAUGCACAUAACGUAUAAUAACGGUUCGAAAUAUACACCCGACAAUAAUGAAAUAUUAGCCAACAACCACCAUUUCCAACAUUACAUCCACAUUUCCCACAUUGUGGAAUAUUUGAAGCAUGUGGAAGUCAUAUCAAUGCCUACUUUCCAAUCAACUCCGGAGUUACAAAAUGUGGUGACCAAUUACUUUAAAAAUACGUUUGGUGUUUGGCAAAGAACAACGUCUUCCUUGGUUGUUACUCCUACAAGCGACUUUUUUGAUCCAAAAUUGAUAUUUAUGCAAGAAGGUGAAAAGAUAAAAUUUUACUUUAGGUGCUCUACUCUCUUUGCACAAUCCCAUAUUCUUCAACUAGUAGGUUUUGGUGACCCUAAAAACCCGUUUGCUAUUUUAUUUGAUUUGCCACUGAGAUUAAAGGAAAAAAGAGAUAAAAGAGACAGAAAAAAUGCAACGGAUGCUGCUGCUGCUGAUGCUGAUCUCAACGCUGCUAGUUUACAGAUCGAUGAAGACGAUCCAGUUUUAUCGUUUUUUAAUGAUUUGGAAACGUUUGAGCGUCCAUACAAGUUCCCCUUAGACGUUAAGAUUUGGGAGUAUUCGCUGUACUAUAAUCUAAACGAAACAUCGGUAUUUUGCUGUAUGACAGUUUUGCAAAAAUUUUUGAAUGGACCAUUGGUUUCUUCUUUGCCACAUAUUUUGACUUGGUGUUAUUUCUUGAUUUCAUUGGGUAAAAAAAUUAGCGAAUUACCUGAAAACAGUGAAGUUUACCACUUUUGGUUAAAAUUGGUGAGAAGGAUUUUCCCCUGGAAUAGUUUGGUUAAUUUUUUAAACAAAGUGGCCUUGUAUGGUUGUAGGACAUGCCCUCAAAGAUUGGCGAACCGUUAUUCGAGUAACCUAGAAAAUGACUUGGAUGAAUUAAUUGACUUUUAUAAUAAUAACGAAAUGUUGCCUGAGGUCUGGCAAUGCUGGGGUGCAUUGUGGUUUGAUCCUAUCUGCGAUAAAAGUGAAAUUGUGCCAGUUAGUGAUGACAUUAAACAAUUUGGCUUGAUAAGCUACAAUUCAGUUACCGACUUUAGUAACGAUGGGAUGGAUUUCGAAAUAAAUGACGAAAAUGGCUUGUAUUUCUGGUAUAGGUCCAUUAGACUGUUGAGUUUAUUUAACGGACUAGCUAAAAAAUAUGGUAGUAUUUUUGGUAUCAGAACUAUCCCUAACGGUAAUCCUGACACUUGUGGGUUAUUGGGUCAAGUAUUAUUUCAAUUUGCGGAAUUUACCUCCCCCUCUAUGCAUAUUGAAAACAAAUUUGAAGAAAUGGAAUUGCACAACAUGAAUUUAAACUAUGAAGAGGUGAAUGCUUACUUUCAGGAAAAUCUUUUUAAACUAUCUGGAUAUAAAGAACCCACUGUUAGCUAUAAUGAUUUCACGAUCAAUGGGGAUCGUAUAACGUGUAGUUUGUACACAAGCGGUGUUUUUGAAAAGUUGAACAUCAGGGGGGGUGAUGAUUUUACUAAUUACAUGAACAAUAAAAGAUUUACACCAGAGUUGAUGGAACGUGAAACUUAUAUGGAAAGCUUGGAAAAUAAAAUGUUUAAUGAUUAUAUUGUAUCAGGGGCUUUAUCCCUAUUUGAUUCGUACUUUAUUUUGGAUGCUACUUCUUGGUUGAGGCACUCAGCAAGGGUUUACAAGAUGGCCAUGAAAGGGAUUGUGAGAUUAGCUAUUUGUUUAACUACAUUUCAAGAAUUGAGGUUUUUGAGAAAAUCCAAGGAUAAUAGUGUGGCGGAUGCAGCAACUAGGGCAGUCAUAAUAUUAAGAUCGUUGUAUGACUGCAGGAAUAUCCUUCCUUUGAGAUUUACCGGAAAUGUUGCCACGUCUAUUGAGGAACAUUUGGAAUUUGAAGAGAAGAUGACCUGGAAAACUCAUGUUGAUGAAUUUGUCAUUGAUGCCAUAUACAAAUCGCAAGACAGAUUAGUUAAUGGAAAUUCCGGCAGUGUUGUUUUUUUGGUAAGUGAUGAUAGUAGUAUGAGGUUAAAGUCUGUAAAGCAUAACAUUUGCAGUAUAAGUAGUAGAUUUAUGUUUAUUUUAUGCAAUGAGUUGAGAGAAAAUAAGAAUCUAAGUACCACCUGA